AUGAGCAGUUUAUUUAUCAUACGUGGUCCUUUGUGCCGACCCUUGCCAGCCCGACCAUGUCAUAUUUUAAAACGAUAUAAAUUCACAGGCAGGACCAAGACCGUUUCUACUGAAUCAACAACCAGACUUCUCCCUACAACUCCAGCUAGAACCCGAUUCGCACCAUCUCCGACUGGUUAUGUACAUAUAGGGUCAUUAAGGACAGCAUUAUACAAUUAUUUACUUGCGAAAGCCACCGGUGGUCAAUUUCUACUAAGAGUAGAAGAUACAGAUCAAGGAAGAAUCGUUCCAGAUGCUGAAAAGAGGCUAUAUGAAGAUUUAAAAUGGGCUGGCUUAAGUUGGGACGAAGGUCCCGAUGUUGGUGGCCAGUAUGGCCCAUAUAAACAGUCAGAGCGGCUAGCGUUAUACGAUAAGUAUGCAGACCACUUACUGAAUGAGGGUCGCGCAUACAGAUGUUUCUGUACCCCUGAGGAUCUUGAUCAUAUGAAAUCAAUCAGUAUCCAAGAAGGCAAACCUACUGUCUAUAAUAGGACAUGCUCACAUAUAUCCCCCGAUGUUUCAGAUCGUCGAGCAGCGAAUGGAGAACCACAUUGCGUACGCUUCAAGUGCGAUCAUUGGCCUUUGGUUCAGGACUUUGUUUUCGGACGUCAUAUGAAACCUGAAGCAGAAGACGAUUUUAUCAUCAUUAAACGAGACGGGUAUCCUACCUAUCAUUUCGCAAAUGUUGUCGACGAUCAUCUAAUGGAGAUCACACAUGUAAUACGAGGAGCUGAGUGGCUAGUGUCCACACCUAAACAUGUAGCACUUUACGAAGCUUUCGGAUGGAAACCUCCUCAAUUCGGUCACGUUGGAUUGUUAGUAAACGAGGAAAAGCAGAAAUUGAGCAAGCGUCACGGCGACGUCGACAUUGCUUCGUGGCGGGAUCGUGGUAUCCUUCCUAUCACACUGUUGAAUUAUGUGUUACUCCUAGGUUGGAGCCUGGGGAAGGGUGUAAAGAGACAACAGGAAGCGAUGAAUUUGGACGAGAUGGUUAGCAAGUUCACUCUUGCCUUUACCAAGGGUAACAUAACAGUCAACAACAAACACGAAUAUCUACAGAAAGUACAUGUAAAACGCCUCACGGAAUCAGUCGGCCCAGAGAAGCUAUCCGACGUCUUGAUUCCCGCUCUAGAAACUCGCGUCGAGAAACUCGAAGAGGAGCGAAGAGCACAUUCAACCAAGGUGUCUAGGGUUGGGCCUCUUGGACCCCUCGUCCCACUGGCCCAUCCCCAACAAAAUCCGAAUGGCAGCAGUAACGACAACGACGACGCAAUCAUUUCUAGAGAGUAUAUCAGGAAAGUUCUCCAGUCCGACAUCCAAGACUAUAAAGACGCCGAUAGCUACGUAGAUAGGACGUGGUAUCUAAUCUGGCAAAUACCUAACGCGACGUACCGCUCCAAUCUAACGGAAGAAGUAAAGUACUUGCGCUAUUUCUAUCUUUCCUCAGACACCCCUACAUCCUCUUCCCUACCACUAGAAACCGAAGAAGCAUCCAAGACCGAAAAGGGUGAAAAUUCAGCUUACCCCGCAAUUCGCCUCUCCGAGCUUGUCCUUACUUUAAGAGACCUCCUCCAAGAGGUGCCGGACGAUCGCUGGACGAAAGAAGCCAUCGAGGAAAAAAUCCUACCGUUUAUAAAAUCCGUGCACUGCAUCCCGUGCGAAGAAUCCGAGCCUAACACCAUUCCCACGAAACCCUGGGGGUACCAUCUCCUGCGGUGGGUAAUUGCUGCAUCAACGCCUGGAUCAGCAAUGAUUCCGAGCAUGGUAGUACUCGGAAAGGAGGAGACUAUGAGACGAGUAGAAAAGGCGCAUGGGGUUUUAACAUAG